AUGAAAUUUGAUCAGAAAAUAAAGGAUUCUAUUGAAAAUAAAAUAUCUCUGGAAAACAGUGAAUUGAGUCAUUAUAAUAAGAUUAAAUACUCUAUUAGUAUACUUAAUGGUAUUGUUAGUGAACUUCCUGUUUAUAAGAGCAGUGAAUUGGAGAAUAUAACUAUGUUUGUUAUAAAAAUCAUUAAAACUUUAAAAAAAUUAUUAAAAAUAACUAAUGGUGACAUUCAAUAUAACAGUAUCAAUCAUUUUAUAUUGAAAUAUUCUAAUAAGUAUUUUAACAAGGAGUUAUUUGAUGAGUUUGUUUAUGAUGUUGAUUUAGUUAAUAAAGAAGAAGUUAAUUUUUUAGUUAAUAAAGAAGAAGUUAAUUUAAUAGGAAUGUAUUAUGUUAUUAAAUAUAGAAAUCUUAAUGAAUUUGAUUUAGAAAGUAUAAAAUUUAUUUAUGAAAAAGUAAGUAAGAAUGUUAAAAUAUUACUUAAUAAAUAUUUCAAUAUUGAGAGUAAAAAGUUAACAAUCAAAGGAAAAGAGAUGAUCACAGAUACAUGUUUAAUGAAAGAUAUAACUAUUAAAGAGUAUACAGAUGUUAUUUGUAGUGAGUAUUGGAAUGAUCUUGAUAUAUAUGAUGAAAGUAUAAUUAAAUAUUUAUUAAUAAACAAUAAUAAUGAUUUGCCUAUUAAGGUAUUAAACAAGUUAAUGAAUUAUUUUUAUAAGGCUAUAGAAAUGAUAAGAGUACAUGAAUUAAAAAAUGCUUGUAUGUUAUUGAUGGAGAUUUAUAAACACAAAUGUUUAAGGGGUUUAGUACUUAAAUUAUUGUCAUUAUUAUACUUUUAUAUGUUUAAAUAUGAUGAGUGUAAUUAUUAUAUCAAUCAGGGAAUACUUUUAUAUAACAAGAAAAACAACAAAGUCAUGUUAGAUUAUUUUUAUAACUUAUUGUUUUAUAUUGAGAGAUUUGGGAAUAAAGUAACCCUUCAUUCUAAAAUAAAAAUUAAGAUGUGUGAUUUAAAUUAUAAAUUAAACGAAAUUAUUGAAAAUAAAUAUUUAAUAUACUUAUAUAUAAAGAACAAUGAAAAAUGGUAUAAUGAGAAUAAGGUAAGAAUUGAUUUAUAUUAUAGAUAUUGUUGUAAAUAUUUAUCUGAAGAAGAUGUAAAUAAAAAGGUAAAGAAUUUUCAUUCUAAAGGGUAUAAUAUAGUUUAUAUUUACGAAAAAGGAAACAAAAUAAUUUGUUAUGAUUUAUACGAUAAAUCAAAAAAUGAACUAGUAAAUGAUUAUGUUCAGUUUAUUAACACAUUCAAAAAUAUAAUGAAUCGUAAUAAAAGCAUACUUAUGGAUAAAACAAAUCCAAAGAUUUGGUAUGAAAAAAGAUCCGUAUUAGAUAGAGAACUUAGAAAUUUAUUUAAACCUUUCAAGAUCAAUUCCGAGUUAAUCCUAAUUAUUGAACCUAAAUUACAUGAAAUUCCUAUUGAAUUAUUUUUUCAAAAAAAUUGUUAUAGAAUAUUUGAUUUAUCACAACUCUUCAAUAGAAUAAACAACGAGCCCAAUAAAGAAUGUUUUUAUUUAUUAGAUCCAUCUAAUAACUUAGAAAAUACACGUAGAAGAAUAAAAAAAUUUAUAGAAAAACAAGGAGUAGAAGGUGUAAUAGGUAGAGCAUUAAAUGUUAGUGAAGUUAACUUAUUAAGUGAUUAUAAACAUUUCAUGUAUUUUGGACAUGGAAAUGGUAUUAAAUAUCACUAUAAGAAAGAUCUUUCUAAUAUGUUUGUAUUUUUAUUUGGAUGUAGUUCAGUAAAAUUAAUUUAUAGAGAAAAUUACGAAACUUUAAAUGGAAUCACUUUGAGUGCACUAAGAAAUAAUAAUUUAAUUUUGGGAGCGUUAUGGAACAUAACAGACGUUGAUUUAGAUAGAUUUUCAAUUAAUCUUUUAAAAAAACCUUAUGAUUUUAACAUUAGAAAAUAUAAAAUGAAAUGUGAUUUAAAAUACUUAAAUGGGUUUUCAUUAGUUAUUUAUGGAUUACCUAAAUAA